UCUCAUCCAUUUUCCCUCCUUAAUUCCCCUUCACGCCUUCACGUCCACCUUGUCCCAAUCUCCAACUCCUUCCCCCCUCCUCUCUUUUCUUUUCUAUCUCCAACACCAACACUGACCAAAACGACGCCGUUUCGUAAGCUUCCAUUAACCGCAAUUCGGAACUCCACACUCACAUAUUCUCCAGUUCCAUUCCUUCCACGGUUUCCUUUUUCCCCUUUCUAGCUCUCAUAUUCCGCUUGCGCCAAACUAUUUUUAUAACGCUGAUUGCGACCCGAAUUAAUCUUUAUCCAUUGCGUUGAAGCAAUUCAUGUGGCGUCCACUUCACUUACGUGGAUUUCCAAACACUAUACAUGAGAAAACUCCGUUAAUCUGAAUCCAUUGUUGAUUAUUCAUUCCUCCAAGUCCAGACAAAAAGCAAAACAACGCGCUUAUUUCUAGAUCUCAGCUUUCUCGAUUCUCCUUUUCCCAAGCGAUUCCGAAUCCCCGAAAAAAAACAACAAUAACACACGAUUCCUUUCUUCUCUCCCAAGAUGAUCAAGAUGAAUCUCGUUGCGGCGUUCGCAUUCUUGUGUCUAUUCACGGUGGAGCCAUGGCGCGUUUGCUCGCAACAACAACAACAGAGGCUUCUCGUGAACAUGACGCUCGUUCCAAGCGCUCGUGCUAGUGGCGCUCUUUGUUUGGACGGAAGUUUACCGGCGUAUCACUUGCACAGAGGAUUUGGAGCUGGUAAAGACAACUGGCUUCUACAAUUUGAGGGAGGUGGAUGGUGUAAUGACUUGAAAUCAUGCUUGGAUAGAGCCAAAACUCGGAGGGGUUCAACACGUUAUAUGACCAAGUGGGAGGUGUUCUCCGGUAUUUUAAGCAAUAAUGCCACCCUUAAUGCAGAUUUUUACAAUUGGAACCGUGUGAAGCUGAGAUAUUGUGAUGGGGCUUCAUUUACUGGAGAUGCUGUGUUCACUAACAAGACAACAACUCUUCAUUUCAAAGGGCAAAAGAUUUGGGAAGCCAUUAUUCGCGACCUUUUACCACUGGGUUUGGGAAAGGCACGGAAGGCUUUGCUUUCAGGUUGCUCAGCAGGAGGUUUAGCGACCUUUCACCAUUGUGACAACUUCGCCAAGUAUUUGCCAACGAAUGCUAGUGUUAAAUGCUUGAGUGAUGCCGGUUUUUUUCUUGACGAAAGAGAUAUCAGUUUGAAUCAUACUAUGAGGUAUAAUUUCAAAAGUCUAGUUCAAUUGCAGGGGAUAGAGAAGAACCUGAAUGGAAAUUGUACCAGAGCACUGUACUUUCCUGACUUGUGCUUCUUUCCACAAUAUGCGUUGAGAUACAUAUCAACGCCAUAUUUUAUUUUGAACUCUGCCUACGAUGUAUUCCAGUUCAGUCAUAUUUUGGUGCCACCCUCUGCUGAUAUGCACGGACACUGGAAACAAUGCAAGGCGAACCUGGCGGAGUGUACAGCAGACCAAAUUGAUACACUGCAAGGUUUUAGGCUUGACAUGCUUGGAGCUUUGAGACCGUUCUAUAUGAAUUCAAGAAGAGGGGGGAUGUUCAUAAAUUCAUGUUUUGCUCAUUGCCAGAGUGAACUACAAGAAACAUGGUUUGGGGAUGAUUCUCCGAGAAUAAACAAUAAGACUAUUGCAGAAGCGAUUGGUGAUUGGUAUUUUAGUAGAAACAUAAGCAAGGAAAUAGAUUGUGCAUAUCCUUGUGAUGCAACUUGUCAUAAUCUUAUACCGUAAGCUCAGGUAAUGCCUUGUAUAAAAUUAUGUACAAAUUCUCUUGACAUCUUUAUGACUUUUAAGCUCCAUUAUCUGACUCAAUUUGAAGUAUUGCAGGUUAGUUGGAAGAUUAAACUGAACAUUUUUUCCUCAAGCUUCUCUAUUUCUCAGAGAAGUUAUGAUAGUUCUCUGAAAAAGAAUUAAGAGACAUUUUUCGUAGACAGCCAGUCAGCCAUACAAGUACAGUGAAUGCUAGACAGAUAGAAAAUUCUUUGAUAGGAACAAGAAAGGGAUAAAGAAACCAAAAGAAAAAAAAAUGUGGUUUGAAUGAUGUUAAUUAUUGUUUAUUCAUUACAAAAUAUUUUAUUACUUAAUAAAAUCAAUUGGUUUUUCUUAUUUUC